AUGAAUGGCAAAGAGAAUUCCGCGCCGAUGUGUACAGAGGACCAAAAAGCCGAGGUUAUAUCUCUCACUGAAGACACCAUCCCUCACAAGCCAGCUCAGGCUAAAGAAGAGACUUGCUGGAGCCUCGAUGAUUUCGAUGUUGGACGGCCUCUGGGAAAGGGAAAAUUUGGAAACGUUUUCAUUUCCCGAGAAAAGAAAACGAAACGGAUCAUCGCUCUGAAAGUGUUGUUCAAAACUCAGCUGCUCCAAUUAGGCGUCAGCCAUCAGUUGAAGCGUGAGAUUGAAAUUCAGUAUCAUUUGCGUCAUCCAAAUAUUCUCACACUCUACGGCUACUUCCAUGAUGAUAAGCGUGUUUUCGUCAUUCUCGAUUACGCCAGCAGGGGAGAACUGUUCAACGUCCUCCAAUCGCAGCCCGGACACAAAGUGUCUGAGGUCAUCGCGGCCAGAUUUGUCCGGCAACUUGCGAAUGCUUUGAAGUACUGCCAUUCAAAAGGAGUGAUUCACAGAGAUAUCAAGCCUGAGAAUCUCCUUCUUGAUUCGAAACUUAAUCUCAAGCUUGCCGACUUCGGAUGGUCCGUUGUGGCCGAUCAUUCAAAACGUCACACUCUUUGCGGAACCAUGGAUUACUUGGCCCCGGAAAUGGUGUCAAAUCAGCCACAUGAUUUCAAUGUUGAUAUUUGGGCCAUCGGAAUUUUACUCUUCGAAAUGCUUGUCGGAUACGCCCCUUUCGCUAACCAGACUGGUGACAAAUUGAUAGCCAGAAUCAAAGAAUGCAAGAUUUACAUUCCGUCUGGAGUGAGUGAUGGAGCUGCCAGCUUGAUAAACGCGAUAAUCAAGAAAGAGCCACAAGAACGUCUUCCUCUGAACGAUAUUAUGGCUCAUCCAUGGAUCAAGGAGAUGCAGGCUCGUGAAGACGUGGAGGUUCCUUUAUUCAUCGCUACGCUCACCAAAUCAUCGUCUCGCAGCAAUUCAUCUAGUAACCAAUAA